AUGAGAUAUAACACUCUAUUUUUAUCAGUCAUUGUUUUGGUAACCUUGAUUGCUGCAUCAACCAAUGCCGAUAUUGGUGGAAAGAGAACUUUGGUUGUAUUAGAUGAUCUCUCAAUUCAACAAUCACACUCUAUCUUUUUCAAAUCUUUAUCAGAUAGAGGAUAUAAAUUACAAUUCGUUAGACCAGAAGAAAAGGUAGCUUUGGAGAAAUAUGGUGAUUUCAACUAUGACCAUUUAAUUUUGUUUGCUCCAACUAGUGAUGCAAAUCAGAUUAUCAGUUUUGUUGAUGCUGGAAAUAAUGUUUUGAUUGCAGGAUCAUCGGUUGUCUCCGAUACAAUUCGUGAUGUUGCCAGUGAAGUUGGAAUGGACAUUGAAGAUGACAAGACCAACGUAUUCGAUCACACCAACUUUGACAAAUCGAUUGACAACCAACACAAUUUGAUUGUUGCCGAUCAAUUCAUCAAGGACUCACCAAUCAUCUUGCAAGGUGCCGACAAGACACCAGUACUCUUCAAGGGUAUCGGUCACGCCAUUCGUCAGAACGAGUUGAACUAUGCCGUGCUCACUGGUGCCUCCACCGCCUACUCUGGUAAGGCCACCACCGGUGCCUCCACCAAGCUUCUUGGUAAGCGUGUUGGUUUGGUCUCUUCGUUGCAAGCACGUAACAGCGCACGUGUAACCUUCUCUGGUUCACUCGAACUCUUCAGUGACAACUUCUUCAACGCCAAGGUCAACGGUAACCAACCAUCUGGAAACCAAAAGUUUGUCGAAAACUUGGUAUCAUGGACUUUCCAAGAGCGUGGUAUUCUCCGUACUUCCAACCUUCAAAUUUCAAAGGGUAACGACACCAACCCAACUUUAUUCACCGUAAAGGAUGAUAUUGUCGAAGAGUUCACUGGUGGUAAAUGGGUUCCAUACGUAGACCAAUUGGAAUUGGAAAUCAUCAUGUUGGAUCCAUACAUUAGAACUUUCAUCAAGGGAGACAAAAAUGGAGUUUACUCUGCCGAUUUGAAGCUCCCAGACGUCUAUGGUGUCUACACUUUUGAAUCAACCGUCAGAAGACCAGGUUAUUCCAAGUUGGAGAGCAUCAUCCGUCAUCCAAUCCGUCCAUUCCGUCACGACUCUUAUGAACGUUUCAUCCCAUCUGCAUACCCAUAUUAUGCUGCCUCAUUCUCAAUGCUCGUAGAUUUAGGAAAUCAAGUCAUCAUGUUACACAACACCAAGUACUACGAUAACCACAUUCGUACAUCACCCCUGGGAUACCUGUGUGAACAUCAACAGAAUCAUGUCAACCAACAAAUCACUCAAAUUGGUUACAAAGUGCCCAACAACUCUGCUGAAGGUAUAGUUGAGAACCGUUCUGUACCUAGAUUGGUUAACGAGACAAGCACUCAACUUGAAUUGCUGCGUAACGUUGAGAUAAGACAGGACAUUGGUCCUCUCGACAAGUCCUCUCUUUCUCCCUCUUUUCCUACUUCUCCACCUUCGCAAUUCAUACAGUCGCGCUACCAACAAAGACUGACUCUUCCAGUGGCACCAGAUCCCACCAUCUUGUCGAAUCUACAAGAACCUAUCUUUGGUGCUGUCGAUGUUCUUUCUGGAUUCAAUGUUGGCUCCGAUUUUAAUGCCGAUCCUCAGUUUAACUCAACUCCAGGACAACAACCAGAACCACCACUAGAAGCACCAGCCAACACCAUCAACACACCGGGCAACACCACUACCACACCAAGAGUCCCACCAACAAAGAAAGUAGAUCGUAGAGUUAAUAGAAAACCUGUGCCAAUGCAACGUGUCCAAGGUGCCAAGGACCAAGCCAAGAGUAAAUCAAAGAAGAGCAAAGCCAUCAGCGCCGCUUUGAGGAAGGUUUUUCCAGGCUCUGGUCUACCAAUGACGUUGAGUAUUGUGCAAGCACCGACCUCCAUUAUUAAUCGGUCAGUAGCUACUUUUAAACUCCAUAUCACUGGUGAUGUACACCCAAAUUAUUUGGUGGUAGUGGCACGUCCUACCAAUCCUUCAAUGCUCCGAUUAGAAGACCAGUCUGUCGGUGUUGACGAAAGUGGAAUAGUCGAAAUGCGUAUCAAACUCUACAGUCUGGACAAGCUCAAUUUCAAAACAGGCGUACUGAUCAACUUUAGAUUGGUGAAUGACACCAACCAGGUUCUAACAGACACCAUUCGUACCGAUAUAACCGUUCCAAUUCCGUUCAUUGCCAACACCAAAGACCUCUCGUAUCCGAAAAUAAAAUCGAUCACACACAAUGUUUUUUGCGAACACUUGGUGCCAAACGAAGAUAUGAUCAAUUCAAUGAUCACAGCAGAUCGUCUCAAGUGGGGAUCAACCAACGAGCUCACUCUCUAUGUUGUGGAAGUAGAGAGUUUGAUGAUCAAACACAUUAUAAACCAAGGAAGCAUUCCACCAGGAGAGAGAUCCAAGACAGUUGCAUUCUGCCAAAUUCCAAAGUAUCUAUUUGAUGGCAAUCAUUCACUUCAUGCUCAAUACGUCAAAGUUGAAACCAAUAACAUCGACGAUAACAACAAUAAUAACAACAACAACAACAACAACAGCGACAACAACAACACUAAUGAAACUAAAAAGAAAACCAACUCAAUUCCACCACAAGCUCGUUGGUCAACAUGGAGUUAUGGUUUUGAAGGUUCUGUCAUGUUGGUAUUUUAA